GGCGAACCCGUUUUAUUUUGAAACUUUAAGCCGGAUGUUGUCUGUCCCAUCGGCUCGGCUUUAAACGCUCUUACGUGUCAUUCUGAGUUUGAGUUAGAAAUCUCUUGGACACGUUUGACCAACAAAUUCUCUGUUUUGAUAUUGAUGAGCUGCAGUCGCCCAGCCCUAACUUAUUAGAAGUAUGAAGGCAUUGAUCCUGGUGGGAGGGUAUGGGACGCGGCUGCGCCCACUCACUCUGAGUGUUCCCAAACCUCUGGUGGAGUUCUGCAAUAAACCCAUCCUGCUUCACCAGGUUGAGGCACUGGUAAAGGCUGGAGUGAAGCAUGUGGUUUUAGCAGUGAGCUACAUGUCAGAGCUGCUGGAGAGAGAGAUGAGAGUCCAGGAACAGAGGCUUGGGAUUCGUAUCUCCCUCUCUCAUGAGAAAGAGCCUCUGGGUACAGCUGGUCCCCUGGCUUUGGCUCGGGAGCUGCUAGAUGUGGACAAUGAGCCUUUUUUUGUCCUCAAUUCGGACGUCAUCUGUGACUUUCCUUUCAAAGAUCUUCUGCAGUUUCAUCAAAACCAUGGGAAUGAGGGAACAAUUGUGGUAACGCGAGUGGAGGAACCUUCUAAAUAUGGUGUGGUGGUGUUUGAGGCAGAAAGUGGUCGUAUCCAACGCUUUGUGGAGAAGCCUCAGGUCUUUGUUUCAAAUAAAAUCAACGCCGGCAUAUACAUUUUCAACCCCAGCAUGCUCAGCAGAAUCCAGCUGAGACCCACAUCUAUAGAAAAAGAGAUUUUUCCUUUCAUGGCCGAGGAGGGGCAGCUGUAUGCCAUGGAGCUGCAGGGGUUCUGGAUGGACAUCGGUCAGCCCAAAGACUUCCUGACAGGGAUGUGUAUGUACCUUCAGUCGCUACGACAACAAGCUCCUGAGAGGCUUCACACUGGACCCGGUUUUCUCGGCAACGUUCUCGUGGACCCAACUGCCCAGAUCGGGGAAAACUGCACCAUCGGACCCAAUGUAACCAUCGGCGCCGACGUAGUUGUAGAGGAUGGCGUCAGGAUAAAACGUUGCACCGUGCUGAAGGGGUCGCGGGUUCGAUCACACUCAUGGCUGGAGAGCUGCAUCGUGGGGUGGCGCUCUACUGUCGGGCAGUGGGUUCGUAUGGAGAAUGUGACGGUGCUGGGGGAGGAUGUGAUCGUGAACGAUGAACUUUACCUCAACGGCGCCAAUGUCUUGCCUCACAAAUCCAUCAACGAGUCCGUUCCCGACCCCAGGAUCAUCAUGUAGCACGGGAUAGAGGUGGAAGAUCAGUGUCCAUUUUUAUUGUUACUGAACUCAAACCGAUGCCCAAACUGUGCCAGGGGAAAAAAGAGGGAGAAUGGGUUGAACAAGGAAGUUGAGGGGGAGAGGAAAGGAGUCAAGAAGAAGAAAAAGGCCUUUUUCAUUAGAUAUUGUUAAUUCUGUGGGGGUUUUUGGCCCUAUUUUGCUGUCCCUCUAUACAGUCCGACUUGAUGAGAUAAGCACGAGUGUGAUGUCAUCAAGCGACUCAGAUCCUCAAACUAUUCUGAAAAUUACAAUACAGAAACAGGUCUGUAUUUGAAGAAGUGCACACAUCAGCACACUGUACUAAAGGCUCCUAGAGAUUCUUUAAUACCAAAAAGCAACAUUUCAAUCCGGGGAACAAUGAUCUGGCUUCAGCUAAUCAUGACUGUUUCUUUCCGAGGUUUUAGUUGCACACUUCAUCCUGUCUGGCCUCUCUGGACUGGUCUAUCUGAGCUGGUGAAAGGACUAAUCUUUGUAUUUAGGGCGAAUCAUGGUUAAAGAUCACUGCUUCUUAUAUUCACUAUGCAUUUCCUGUGUCUGAACAUCUAUAGACACUGGGUAAACUGGAAGGAAAUCACUGCACUAGGAGACACAUGGACACUGAAACAAUGACUGAGACUUCUGAUCUGAUCAAUUUAACUCUAUGCAGUAUAGUCUAUAGUUGUGGUGCACUUGAAGCAGCUUAAACAGCUGUAACGCAGAGUCUGGAUUAGUUUAACCGUAUAGCAAUGUUUUGUUGAUUGCAGUUAGCUUGAGUGCAGCCUUCACUGACAUCAUCAGGUUGGCAUUGUGUUCUUUGGUUCAUUGAUGAAAUGUCAUUUUUAAUCAUUGAAUGGCUCAUUGUUUCUUGUUGCCAAACAGUUUACUGUUCUAAAGUGUAUACAUAUAGUAAGGUUUUACUUUUUUAAACAUGUCUUUUACAAAUGGUACUUGUACAUCUCACACUGUCUACAUCAAACUGUCAGACGCAGCGUUUUCCACUAGGUGGCAGCAGAUGGAUGUAAAAGUUAAAAAAAAGAUUCUUAUAGGUAUUGCAGAAAAUGUACUUUCUUCAAUUCCUGUGAGGGUUGUGUUCAACUAAACAGGUUUCACACUGAGGACGUAAAUAGGAACUACCAAAACAUUAUAUUUCAUUACAUAUAAUUUUGGUGACAAUUUAAUGUGGUGGGGCGUUGUGAGAUGUUGGGAAACACUAGUUAGGCUAAUGGACAGAUGAUUCACUAAGAACAAGUGGUGUGUAUUUCUUAACCAUAAAUAACUGCAGGAGAAGGCUGGAUCUUAACCUUUAAUAUUUUCCUUAUUGUGAUGUCACCAACUGAGGUUAUGUCAAAGAUGUCUGAGAGAAGGGAACGAAAAGCUGAUUGUUUUUGACUCAAAUAUGGAGUCCAGGUGUGAAAGGUUUUUACCUUCUGUUAUUGAUAUGAGCUGUGCAUAAUGACAUACAGCACUGAGUACAUGGUAAGGAAUCUUUGGGUUGAUUUGUGAUGAUGAAAAAGAUCAGAAUACUGAGCAUGUGAAGACCUACGUGUCUGGGUGAAUGAAGUAAAUUCUUAUGAUCAAGUUGUUGUUUUUUUAAAGAAAAUAAUAUAAAUUACUCAUUGAUAUCA